GCAGACUCCUAUCAGGGAUGGCAUGCAAGUCCCCUCGGCUCCCAUUCCAUCUCAUGGUGGACAUGAUGACCACAUUGUCAUGGUCCUUUCCUCAGAACCUGGAUGUGCUUCAGAACCCUUGCCAACAGUUCACUCCUGGAAGCCAUUGCUAAGGGACCCAAGUUGGCAGUUGAGAUAAACUAUUUCUCUACAUGUGGAUACCUCCAUUCUUCCCCCUUAUUGGAACUCUGGCUAUUUUAAAGUAUUUAAUACUACCUUUCUCCUCCCCAAUUCUUUCUGACCGCUCACUACCACCUUCAACAAACUUUGACUUUUGUGUGAGUCACAGUGACGCCAGAAACAUAGAAGAUAAUUUUUCGUGUGGAUGCACCAACUUCUUACUGACUGUUGCAUUACUGUCCGCUGGUCCGAGACAAAUUUUUCUUUCUCAUAAUUGCAGAUUGCACAUGCUCCUUCUGGCGGCUUUUAGCUUUUCCUUGGAAAUCAUGCGAAACCAAAGCUUUGUAACUGAGUUUGUCCUCCUGGGGCUUUCGCAGAAUCCCAGUGUUCAGAAAAUAGUAUUUGUUGUAUUCUUGUUCAGCUACAUUGCAACUGUUGGGGGCAACUUGCUAAUUGUGGUGACCGUCAGCAGCAGCCCAGCACUCCUGGGCUCCCCCAUGUACUUCUUCUUGGCUUUCCUGUCCUUCCUCGAUGCUUGCUUCUCCACUGUCAUUGCCCCAAAGAUGAUUGUGGACUCCCUCUAUGAGAGGAAAACCAUCUCUUUUGGAGGUUGCAUGACCCAGCUCUUUGCUGAACACUUCUUUGCUGGGGUGGAAGUGAUUGUCCUCACAGCCAUGGCCUACGACCGCUAUGUGGCCAUCUGCAAGCCCCUACGCUACACAUCCAUUAUGAACUGGAGGCUCUGUACCAUUCUGAUGGGUGUAGCCUGGACAGGGGGUUUUCUGCAUUCCAUGAUACAAAUUCUCUUUACUUUCCAGCUUCCCUUCUGCGGCCCCAAUGUCAUUGAUCACUUCAUGUGUGAUUUGUACCCAUUAUUGGAGCUUGCCUGCACUGACACUCACAUCUUUGGCCUUUUGGUGGUUGCCAAUAGUGGGUCUAUCUGCAUUAUAAUCUUCUCUCUGUUACUCGUCUCCUAUGUUGUCAUCUUGCUCUCUCUGAGAACCCAUAGUCCUGAAGGGCAGCGGAAAGCCCUCUCCACGUGCGGAUCUCACAUUGCUAUUGUGGUCUUGUUCUUUGUCCCUUGCAUAUUUGUGUAUGCACGACCUCCAUCUUCUUUUUUUUUUGACAAAAUGGUGGCUAUAUUUUACACCAUCCUAACUCCCUUGCUCAAUCCUUUGAUUUACACUUUCAGGAACAAGGAAAUGAAAAAUGCCAUAAAGAAAAUGUGGAACAGAAUAAUGGUGGUUUGUAGUGACAAAUAA